AUGCCCGUCACCUUUGUACGCUCAUGUGGUAUUGCUUCUACUCAGGCGCUUAGACGGAAAGAAUCAAGAAUGGCGAACAGAAUGGAAGGCUGUGAGCACUUUGGUCUUGUUAGCUGUGGGUAUGAGGAAUGGGGCAUGGCUGUGGAAAUUGACAGAAUUAGCACAGCUGCAGUUAGGACAGUUUUGGAAAGUAGGGAGGUGGGAGGAGGAGAGGGAGGAGCGAUGAAAGUAGCUCAUAAGAAGCAAAAUCGUGUUUAA